AGGUUAGGUUCUAAAAUUGUUAAAGAUAUUAUUUAUUUUGAAAAUGAAGGCAAAUUUGAUAGAGGAAAAUAAAAGAGAGAUCUCAAACAAGUUACAGAAGGAACAAGAUAAUCUAAAAUUACUACAGGAGAGGCUCUCCAAGAGUGCACAAUUGACUGAGGGGAUAGGGUCUAUUCUAAAUACAUUUGAACAGAGAUUGUCCCGCUUAGAAGAAACAAUCCUUCCAGUAUAUAAUGAAACAGAAAACUUGCAGAAAGCACAACAUAAUAUUGAUCGCACGUUACACCUGUUAGAUAAUGUUAUAAGCCAUUAUGAAGUUGCAGCUGAUGUGGAACAUAUUAUAGAAAAGAGUCCUGGAGAAGGAGGUAUAAAUUUGCAGACUUAUAUAGAUGCUCUCAACAGACUUGCAAGUGCCCAAAAGUACUUUGAGAAGAACAUUCCACAAAGCGUUGAGCUGAUAAAUGUUUCAUCUUUUUUCCACAAAGGGAGUGAUAAACUGAAUGCUGAGUUCAAGACUAUAUUAGACAAGUAUAACACCCCAGUUUUACCAGUAGUUCUACUAGAUUUGAUAAAUUUUGAUGAACCUCCUGCGAAAGAGGUGAAGGUGACACCAAAGCAAAUUCCAGAUGAAGCAAAAUCUCACUUGAUAAAGAUAUCUUCGUGGCUGCUUGAUAAUGGACGAGACGAAUAUCUGACAGUUUACGGAAAAGUGCGUGGAAAUGUGCUUCAGAGAUCUCUAACGAUGUUGAGAAACCACCAAAAAUCAGUUAGCGGUGGAAGCGUACAUGGUACAACUAGCUCUCCUAUGCUUAAAACCAAAUUUCCAAAUCGUCAUGAAACAUCGCGAAAACCUUCAACUCGAAGAAUUCAUCAAGUUUUUGAGAGGAAAGCAAAUAAAAUGUUUUUGAAAGCUUCUCAAACCCUAGAACACUCUACUGGAUUAUCCUUAGGCACAAGACGAGCCUCACAUUUAGAUACUUCUUACACUGGUGAAGAGCUUGAUAAUGAACAAGAAAUGGAGAAUUACCUGAUAUCUGUGAUAGCUUUACAUAGACUGAUGCAAUUUGAACAGAUUUUAAUGAAAGAUAUCAUAACACCGGCCCAUCAACCAAGAGUUUUUGAGUUGAUCGUUAGGGAAGCUAUGGAUACAAUUGUUCAGGAUGGAGAGAAUAUAAUAUCUAGGGCAAAGAAAUGCAUUGCAAGACAUGACUUUGCUACAGUUCUUGUACUUUUUCCAAUUUUCAAGCAACUGAGGAACUUGAAACCUGAGUUCGAAAGAACCGUGGAAGAUUAUGAUCUGAAUGUGAAACAGAAAUUUGAUCAAAUAAUACAGAUGCUUCAUUCCACAGGUUAUAAGACAUUGGAAGAUUUUAUAGAUAGCAUCCGAUCUGAUUCUGUUACUCAAUUACCAAGUGAUGGAACUGUUCACGAAAUGACUAGCAAUGUUAUAAUGUUCCUAGAACAACUCUUGGACUACACUGAUACCAUUGGCAUUGUUUUAGAACAAGACCAAAAUUAUACUAGACAACUAAGUAAAUUGAAAUUCACUGAUAGAAGUAAAGCUUUACUAGGCUUAUAUAUAAAGAAAGUUCUUGUCCAAUUGAACCACACCUUGAUUAGUAAAAGUGAACAGUACAAUGAUUUUGCACUAAAGGCGCUAUUCCGACUUAACAAUAAUAACUAUGUAUUGAAGUCACUUCAGAGAACACAUCUGAUGGACCUAUAUUUGAUAUCGGAACCCAAAUGUCAAGAUUAUUAUUAUAAUUCUAUACAGGAUAAUAAGAAGACAUAUUCUCAAAGUUGGCAUAAACUCCUGAACUAUAUAAAUUGUGAUGACCCUGCAGUUAACUUCCACAGUGAAAAAUUGAAGGAUAAGGAGAGGGCAGUACUUAAGGAAAGAUUUGCUGGAUUCAACAAGGAAAUUGAUGAAAUAUCAAGAGUCCAAAGAGGUUACUCUAUUCCUGAUAUUGAACUUCGCGAGAGUAUAAAACGAGAUAAUAAGGAACUUAUUAUUCCAAGAUACAACGCCUUUUUCAAUAAGUAUUCACAUUUCCCCUUCACCAAGAAUACGGACAAAUAUAUCAAGCAUAAACCAGAUGAAGUUUCAGCAAUAAUCGAUAGAUUUUUUGAUGUUGCUGCUUGAUUCAGUAUGUAUAUUUUAUCAUGUAUUCCAUAUUAUAUUUUAUUUAUUGUCCAU